AUGUGGCUGUUCAGGGGUGCCCAAUCCGCUGUUUUCUACUACGCAGCCUGCACCCCCUGUGCUGCCUCAAUUCAUCGAAGGAGACGAAAAAAGGAUGCCGCUCGAACUCAUCGUGAACCCCCUCCCUCGCCAAACGGCGACAUCAUAACCGACCAACCCCCAAUUGUCUUCCACCAACCAUUCCCCUUCAGCACAAAUUCAUACUGGGACGAAGAGAUCGGCCUGGGCCCUGGCCCUCCUGCGAAACGAGCCGGGCGCAAGAACCUUCACAAUCUCAACAGCACUCUCAACAAUCACAAUCACAACAAGACCGGCCGUACGGGAAGCCAAGGGGGUAGCCCCACCCCAAAGCCAGAUGCAAAACCCAAAGCUAAAGCUAAAGUUAGCCCUCAAAAUGCCCCCGGUAGCUCCUUAGCUGAGGCAGUGACAGGUGUUUUGGAGGACUUGGUACCCUCUUCAAGGAAAGAUAAGGAGCCCCUCAUGAACCAGCUUGGAGAUCGUUGGAAUCGAAUACGCUACCAACGGGAAGAUGAGGUGCUAUGGGGUGGCAAAGAAGUUAAGGGAUCUUCUGUCGGAUUGUCUGGUCGUGGGCGAGCGGAUACUGGUAGUUCUACCAAGUACUACGUAGCUCGGAAUCCGGACGUUAACGAUUUGCACCCACCAAUCGUUUGUGGGCCGACUAGCAGGGCGGAAACAAGGUGGAUGUUGCAGCCUCCCCCCAGCGCCAAAGUGAUGGCUGGAAAAGUCCGAUCAAAUCUCUCUGUUCACGAUGCGCGACAUGGAAUUCGGGAGAAGAUCACUGGUAUUAAGUAUAAAAAUGUAGAUGGUGCCUCCCCUCGAGCUGACGAAGGGGAGGAACAGGAGGAUAGCGUAUCGCCCUCUGCUCGAAGGAGACCAAACCGGAGAUCAAUUGAAGCGCACCUUGACGGUACUUUCGACGGCACACAGAACUGGCCAAACCCAACCCAGCCCAAUAUUUCGCCAACGGCUAGAAGACGUGUCAAACCACCCCCCCUACACGUCGCGACAGAUAACUUCUAUGCACUCUCGCCAACCUCCCCAGACGAUGUCGUCCUCCUCCCUCCACGUCCAGUAUUCGCUCCAGGAACUAGCGCUAGUUCCUCCCUUGAUUGUGACCGCCAAAUAUCCUCACCAGAUGACCAUCGACGAAGCCGUUCUCCAUCGAUCAACUCCCGUUCGAACUCACCGUCUCCGAAUUAUCCUCAGCACUCCCGCAAACAAAAUAGCGGUAGCGAUAAUAACAACACCUCUACACCAUCCGAUAACCCCUCCCCAGCAACCUGGCAUUGGCCAUGGCAAUCUAUCGGUGAAGAACACUUGCAAUCCCGACCGGCCUCAAAGGCAACGGCUGAUAGCGGGAAAGCAUUCUCCAUUCAACAGCAACAGCAUCAACAGCAGCAGCAGCAGCACGAUCUAAAGCUCCAUACGGCUUGGCCAUCUUCAACUCUCGAUAUCGAUCUUAAACAUACCGAACAUGUGCGCACCGUACAUGUUGAAGUCAGAAAUCCCAAAACAUCAUGUUUUGAUGAUGAUGAGACGCCACGUAGCGUUCGUCCUUGGCGAUGGAGUAUGGAUCUCUGA